AUGGCGCUCGGGCACGGCUCGAAGAAGUCAUUUUCAUGUGACCAGGGGGUCACACCUGCUUCCCUGAUCGAUGGGGUCAGAGCCGGUGGACAGGCCGUGACUCCCCCCAACAGGAAGACGAGGUCCUGCAAGUGUCUCCUGGCCUUCACCAUCAUCGUCAUCAUCAUCUUCAUAGCCGCAGGAGCCACACUGGCCUGGUACUUCCUGGAAUACAGGGUUUGGGUGUUGGAGGAUCGUGUCCAGCAGCAGUACACGGCCUACCUGUCCAUCCUCAACCGGAACUUCUCUGCUGAUCUGUCCUCUCACAACAAUCCUGCAUUCAAAAAAGAGGCAAAGGGAGUGCAGAAGCUGGUAGAGAAGAUGAUGAAGGGCUCGAGUCUCUCUCGAUACUUCAACUACACCACUGUCUUCGCCUUUGGGGAGGGGAGUGUCGUGGCUCACUUCUGGAUAGUGAUGUCUGUGCCAUGCAGCCAUGUUGGGAGGGUCACGCUGGAGAAGGUCACAGGGAGCCUGGAGGAAGGCCUGAGGUGGCACGGAGGAGCAUCGAAGGAGGAGGAGACAGCCUGCAUCAAUGGAUACGUCCUCCACCUCCCCUCGCUGUCUGUCAGCGAAACUGACUCCAAAGUUAUAGAGCUUUUGAAAUCCUCAUUUGGCUGUUACCGCUACCAGAAGGUGGUAUCCCGCAGCCCUUUGGCUCUCCGUGGCCCCAACACGCAACGCUCCUCCUGCCUGUGGCACCUCCAGGCCGCCCCCGGCUCCCAGCUGGAGCUCCACAUGGAGUGGCUGCUGCCGGAGUGUCGAGACAGGCUGCUGGUGUACAACUCCCUCGCCCCCACGGACACUCACCUCAUCACAUCUGUGUACGGCUGCAGCAGACAUGAGCGUGUGGUGCGUGUGCUGUCCACAGGGGAGUGGAUGACGGUGGUUUGGAAACAGGGUCUGUACAACUACAAGGACCCCUUCUCUCUGUCUGCACAGGCCUGGGACCACCAGGAGUGUAACUCCAGUAUAGAGCUCAGGGCAGAACCAGGGGUCCAAGGGACACUGAGGACACCUUUCUUCCCCAGCUACUACCCCCCUGACACCAACUGUACCUGGAGCUUCACUAUGCCCAGUGUGGGGAUGGGCUUGUCUCUGGAGUUCGACGGCUACGAGCUAAGCAGAGCCAGCUACAACCAGGUCUGUACUCAGGGACAGUGGAUCAUCCAGAACCGCAGGCUGUGUGGUACCAGGGGCCUGCAGCCAUACAACGAACGCCUCCUCCUGCUCUCCAUGACGGCCACUGUUGUCAUGACAUCAGAGGUGUCACUCACAGGGCCGGGCCUUCAGCUGCACUACAGUGUCUUCAACCUAUCAGAUCCUUGCCCAGGCCAGUUUCUGUGCACCAUUAAUGGGCUGUGUGUUCCUGCCUGUGAUGCAAUCAAGGACUGUCCCAACGGACUUGACGAGAGGAACUGUGUGUGUGCGGCACAGUUCCAGUGUCCAGAGGACAGUCAGUGUGUGGACUACUACAAGGUGUGUGACCAGCACCCAGACUGCCCUGAAGCAACGGAUGAGAUGAACUGUACUGAUGGUGUGCAGUGUACAGACAUGACCUAUGUGUGCGCUGAUGGAACCUGUCUGAAGAAGCCGAAUCCAGAGUGUGACUUUGUCACCGACUGCCCCGACGCCUCUGAUGAGAAACAGUGCGACUGUGGCCUCCGGCACUUCUCCAGCCGUAUUGUAGGGGGUACCAAUGCCACGGAGGGGGAGUGGCCAUGGCAGGCCAGCCUGCAGGUGCGGGGUAACCACAUCUGCGGGGGGGCGCUAAUCUCCAGCCAGUGGGUGGUCUCUGCUGCCCACUGUUUCUAUGACGACAACCUUUACUCCCCCUCAGUGUGGACGGUCUACUUGGGUAAACUCCUGCUGAACCGCAGCAGCUCUACUGAGGAAGUGGUGCGAGUUCAGCGGAUCCAAAUUCACCAGUACUACGACGAAGAUACCCAGGACUACGACCUGGCCCUGCUGAAGCUGGACCGGUCCGCCUCCAUGGUGCUGGCUGGACAUGCUCGACCCGCCUGCCUGCCUCCGCCCACCCACCAGCUUGAGCCGGACCUGCUCUGCUGGGUCACCGGCUGGGGGGCUCUCCGUGAGGGGGGCAGUUCCAGUAAUGUGCUUCAGAAGGUGGAUGUUCGCCUGGUCAGCGAGGAAGCCUGCAUUCGCUCCUAUGGCCACCUGGUCACUCCCAGAAUGCUUUGCGCCGGUUACCGCAGUGGAGACAAAGAUGCCUGUCAGGGAGACUCCGGCGGUCCCUUGGUUUGCCAGGAGCCGUCGGGCCGCUGGUUUCUGGCUGGGGUGGUGAGCUGGGGCAAAGGUUGCGGGCGUCCAGACUACUACGGCGUCUACACUCGCAUCACCAGGCUCACGGGCUGGAUCAAGCAGGUCAUCAGCAGCCCCUGAGACACUGGGCAUCUUCAUCAUCCUGACGUCAUUGUCCUCACAACCCGACGCUGGAUGCGAAUGAAAACAUUAUCCACAUGAGGAUGAAAAAUGAUGGCAGAUGGUUUGAAAUUGCCACUGGGACAGACAGU